AUGGACGCACCCUCGCGCCCCGCCUCCGGCAGAACCAAGCACGUACUCCUCCCCGAAGAAGAAGAAGACAUAGAAGCGCAGCCCGCAGCCUCCCCCAACGACCGCUACCGUUACGGCCUCUUGGGCUUCCUGCAACGAAGGAGAGGGGGCGGUAGCGGAGGCGAGGAAGGAAGCAGACGGUCAUCCUCCGGGUUCUCCCGUCCCCCGCUCGCUCCGUCCGGGUCUUCUUCGAAUUCCGGAACGCCAUCAUGGUCCCGGAAGGAACCCGCGGCGCCCAAAUCCGGGUCGGGGACAGGAGGCAAGACACCCAGCAAACCGCAAUCGCCAGCUCCUCCCAAAGCGCCAAAGUCACCCAAGCCCCCCAAGUCCAACCCCGGACCGAAGCCACCGAAAGGUACGCCACCCCACCAAAACCCCGCCGGCCAUGUCCCCCACACCGGCGGCGACCACUCCCACCCCGCCCCCACCCUCCCCUGCACCCACCCGCACGGUCUAAACCGCCUCCGGUGCGAAAAAGCCGACGCGGUCAUCGGGACCCUCUUCGCCAUCAUCGGGCUCAUGCUAUCCCCCCUCCUGCUCUACCUCCUCAUCACGAAGUGCCGACAACAACGACGACGACGGCGGCGAAGUAAACGGAGCGGUCACGACAACGACGCCGAAGACGGGCUGGAAUUAACCCGCGACCCCACCGCGGCACGAACGCCGGACUCGUCUCCCGCCCUCGCUCCGUCCGACACCGCCCGCCCAUCCCCACCCCCACCGGCCUACGGGCCCCGGUCCCGGAGCCCGGGCCGCGGGGGCAAGGCAUCGCGUUCGACACGGAGCGCGAGGAGGAGCCUGUCGUCGGGUGGGGUGCGGACGGCGGUGCCGGGGCAGAUGCUGCGGGAUCGUGUCGCGGUUGUUGAUGUGUCCGCGGGGUCGGGGUCGGGGUCGGGGUCGGGGAUGGAGGGUUCUGAAUCUGAAUGUGAGCGGUGGUACGAGGCUGAGGAGGGAAUGUCAUCAUCAUCUGAUUGUGACGCUCGUGGCGAUGAUGGGGAUGGGGAAGGGGGAGGGGGGUACUGUAUCCACAACGAUGAUGAUGACGAUGAUGAUGAGGGAGAGGGGGACAGCAGCACGCGUGAUCAAGAUCUCGACCAACAAUCCUCCAACCCAACCCCUCCCCAAACCGCCUCUCCACCCCCACCCGCAUCUCAAGAUCCCAGCCCCGUCUCCAGCGCAUCCGCUCCCACACCCAGCGACGAGGCCGACGACUACUCACACAGUUAG